CUUCUUCCUCUCUACACUGCACCAUUUUCUCUCACUUCUCUUCAGCUCCAUUUCCGAUUUUAGCCCUAGAGAUUCCUCUAUUUCCCUAUCCGUCACAAGCCGCCCGGCGUUUGUUCUCCGAGCUUGAAUCAAUUUGCGUUUAGCAAUGUCGCCGACGACGACGGAGGUGAAAACGGCGGUGGAAAGGAGAGAAAUACUCGGACCGGCGGGGAACCGGGUCCGGGAGGUGGAGGAGCAGCAGAAGAAGAAAGAUGGAGUGAAGAAAGCCGAGAGAGGUAAGAAAUUGGGCGCUGAAAGUCCGAAACCCGGCCCGGUGGUGGUUCGGAGCACCGGGGCAGUGGAUAGGUCCGCCGCCUCUUCUUGCGGCGGCUCGACGUUGAAGAAGUUGAAUUCGAAGGGAAGAGUUAACGGAAAUGCGAAUAAACCGGCGAAGGUUGUUCCCGACGGAGCUGUGGCUAUGUCGCCGCCAAUGGCUCCGGUCCCACUCAAACGUUGUGAUUGGAUAACUCCAAACACAGAGCCACAUUAUGCUUGCUUUCAUGAUGAAGAAUGGGGAGUUCCAGUUCACGACGACGCGAAGCUAAUCGAGCUUCUUGUUUUAUCACAAGCAUUGGCUGAGCUUACCUGGCCAGUAAUCCUUGACAGGAGAGAUGCACUCAGGAGGCUGUUUAACAGCUUUGAUCCAUCCUAUGUGGCAAAUCUUGAUGAGAAGAAGCUGAUAGCUAACGGGAACAGAUUGCUGUCUGAAGCAAAGCUUCGCGCCAUUGUAGAGAACGCUAAGCAGCUGCUGAAGAUUCAAUCGGAGUUUGGAUCUUUUAGCAACUACUGCUGGCGUUUUGUGAACCAUCAACCUCUACGAGGGAGGUUCCAGUACGCACGCCAGAUACCAGCUAAAACACCGAAAUCUGAGUUCAUAAGCAAGGAUUUAAUGCGGAGAGGCUUCUGCUGCGUGGGGCCUACUGUGAUAUAUUCGUUCAUGCAGGCAGCGGGGCUAGUUAAUGAUCAUCUCAUUACCUGCUUCAGAUAUAAUGAAUGCAGCAGCAAUAGCGUCGUGAAAUCAAAACCAAUGCUUGAAAAGGGUGUUGCCCGAGGAGAACCUGAAGAAAAAACGGGCACAGCAAAGCAGUCAUUGAACAUGUGAAGGUAUGAAGUAAAGUGCUGAACUUAAAAAUUGACAGUUUGAGUAGCAGAAACAAUCUAGUUUAGCAUUAACAGUGUUUAACCCAGGAAUUCAUUGAUUCAAUCCUCCAUCGCGAUAUAAUUUAACCGAGUGAAGUCUAGGAAUAGCAAGAAAACUACGGCUUCAUGGUUUCAUUAUCCAUUGUGUAUUUGUGUCAAUACUUUGAUUGAAUUUCUCAUAUGUAUAAGCAGUGUAUGUUGUUCAUGUCUGUCAGUAUUUUGAACCCUUGUAUUAUAUGUAUGUAUGUUGAGCUCAUUCAUUAAACUUAUCAAAGAAUUUGUAUGUUUGUACUUCUA